AUGGCGGCAUCCAAACCCUCUCGUGCCUCCUCAACCUUAUUCCUCUUUCUCGGUCUCCUCCUCCUCCUCCUCCUCCUCGGAGCCGGGCUCUGCGGCGCCAUCAUCGCUCCUCCCUCGGCCAGCUGCCCCAUCAACGCGCUCGGCUUCAGCGUCUGUGCCAGCCUGCUCGGCGGCCUCGUCAACAGCGGCCCCAUCGGCAACCUGCCGAGGGCGUCGCCGUCGACGUGCUGCACGCUGCUCACGGGCCUCCUCGCCUUCGACGCCGAAACCUGCCUCUGCACCGCCUUCAACGCCAACGUCCUCGGCCUCGCCGACCUCAACGCCACCACCGGCGUCAACCUCCUCCUCAACUACUGCGGGACGAACGCCACUGCCUACCGGUGCUAG